ACGCCCGGUUUUCGCGUCGAGUUUUGGUGGAGUCAAACGCCGUCGGACAGAUUGACCCUCUUUCUUCCUCUCCAGAAGCCUGGGAUUUUGAUUUUAAAGAAGAAAGAGAGAGUGAGAAAGAUAUAGAAAGAGAGAGACAGAAAAGAGAGAACAUUGAUAUGGAAAAGAUGACCAGUAUCUGAGCACCUACUUUAUAUUGUUGCUAAAUGAGUGAAUAGCAGUUUCCACGGGAAGAGAGAUUGAUCAGAAAGAUAAGAGAAAAGAUUCGAGUUAUAUUUCUUUUCAGAAGCACGUGCGCUUGUUGGGAAUGCUGAUUGAAAUAGAUCGAAUUAAAUACAGUUUAAGGGUCUUUCCAUAAAUUAUACGCAGGGUAACUGAUCAGAGAAACGUGGGAAAUAGGGAGAGAGAAAGAAAAAGGAAAAAAGACAAUAUACUAGAAUAAUGGACAAGUGUACACCUUCGGACGCAUCCCAGUCCGCCAACUAAUCACCUUCUUCGACUCCUGACUCCCCGUCUCACGUGCAGCGCUAUGAUUGGCUGGCCCUGGGGCAGUGGGCAGGCCCCGACCAGCCAAUGGGCGGCCACGUACUAUGUCUGCAUGGCCCUGGUCGUCCUCUUCGCGCGCUCGCAGGAAGUGACUGGCGAAAUCGGGACCCAAUUGCCGGAGACAAACGUGGCAGGCGUGGCAGGCGCCCCUGGGAAGCUGCCUUGCGUUGUCACUCACAACACGAUGGGCGGCGCCCCCGUGCUCGUCCUGUGGUACAAGGACGGCGCCCGGCUGCCAUUCUACACGCUUGACCUCCGCGAGGGCGAGGGCGAGAAGCGAGAGGUGUUCGUGGACAAAAGCAUGCAAGGACGAGUCCACGCUGACGAACCAGGCUCCUACCUUACCUUAGACAACCUACAAGGACAGGACUCAGGACGCUACAAGUGCCGUGUCGACUUCGAGAACUCCCCAACGCUGUCUGCCCUCGUCAACCUUACUGUCUACGUGGUACCCUCGCGUCUACAAGUACUGGACUCCAACAACAUGCCGGUGUCAGCUGGAUUCUACGGUCCACUCGUUGAAGGAAGCCCUCUCACGCUCUACUGCGUCGCUACGGGAGGAUGGCCCACCCCGCAGGUGUCCUGGUGGAAGGGCAACCUCCUGCUGGCCAAUCACAGCGUGGUCAUAGGCGACGACAACGACUACCUUCACCACGAGGUCAUGAAUGGCGGCAUGGUGAGUCCGAGCGCCGGCAUGAGGCAAGUGAAGACGAAACUUAUGAUACCCAAAAUACCACGUGAUUUCGUCCAUGCCAACCUCACGUGCCAGGUGUCCAACAACAACAUCACAGAGCCACUCUCCACCACGCUCUCCCUCGACGUUCUGCUUCGCCCAUCGUCCGUGAAGAUCAAGUCCUCGGGUUCGCCCCUGGUGGAGGGACGACAGGCGCGGAUCGAGUGCGUGGCCGUCGGAGCCUACCCUUCCGCUGAGCUCAGCUGGGAGAAAGUGCAAUUGGGAGAGAAAACAAAACUGCACGCUUCGUCACGCAACUUGGGCGACCAGACCUCGUCGUACCUGGUGAUAAUGCCGGAGGCGGAGGACCACGGGGCCACCCUCACCUGCACCGCCCGGAACCCCAAGAUACAGAACGCCGAGCUGUCUACCUCCACCAGGCUGCAAGUGCACUUCGCCCCCCGGGUUUCCCUGAAGCUUGGAGCCACCCUCGGCACAGAGCCCAUCACGGAGGGGAAGGACGUCUACUUCGAAUGCGACGUGGCGAGCAAUCCAGAGCAACAUAAAACCAUAUGGCAUCAUAAUGUGGGUUUUCGUCCUGCCCCAAAUAAAGACACGGAGAUUUAUGCUUAUACCUGGAAAAGGUUUGAAAGUAAAGCUUGA